GUGCUCGUACAUGGCGUGCGCGUGCAGUGCAACCACUAGAGGACAAGCGCCGCAGUCGACGGUGUGUCAGAGCAAGCCAGCCGCUGGAGUCGAUUAUAACCUUACAAUUCGACGAUUCACAAGAAACUGCGGUUUUGAAUCCAGUAUUACAGACUCCGGCGUAGAAGAGAGGAGUCACCAUGGGGCGUGUGUGGGGUUUGAUCGCCCUUUUGAUGUGCUUUUAUCGAGCUAACGCCGCGGCAGGACCAAACAUCAUCGCUGAGCCCUUUGAAGUCUUCAACCAGACCUCCGCCGUGCUCCGCUGCAACCUGACCGAGACUACCCUCCCAGUCCAGGGCUCGCACUGGUUGUUGAACGGAAAGGUCAUCGAAAGCUCAAAGUCCACUGAACCCUCUCCAUUCACUUCCCUUUCGUUGGAUAAGAUCACUACGCACUCCGGUGGGAAGUACGAGUGUGUUUUCCUGAUCGACCCACCUGUGCAGCAGGCCGUCGAAGUCAAAACACCUCCUCACGUCGGCGCCUACAAACACUCUGAGAACGGCGACGAGAACGACAAGGUCUUGCUGACCUGUGUGAGCCACGGCUACCCUCUCCCCAGCGACUGGUCCUGGUCCAAGACCCAGGCAGACGGCUCACUGGCGCCCAUCGUCAACAACACAGCAGAAAAGUACGAGAUCAAGAGCACCCCCAACAAGACGACCCUGGCCAUCACGGACCUGAGCAUAGAGCUGGAUAAGGGGGAGUACGUGUGCAUCGGGGUUAGCGACCUGGGGGCCAGCAGCGACCGCAUCCAGCUGCGUGUCCGCAGCCGGCUGGCUGCCGUCUGGCCCUUCCUGGGCAUCGUGGUGGAGGUCAUCAUCCUGGUCACCAUCAUCUUCAUCUACGAGAAGAGGAGAAAGCCCGACGAGAUCCAAGACGAUGACGACUCAGGAUCUGCUCCCCUGAAGAGCAAUUCUGACACAAACCACAAGGAAAAGAAUGUCAGGCAAAGGAAUUCUAACUAGGAAGAAGAUGAGAGCGGGUGCCCAUCUGGAUGAAAACGAUCCAGGAUUUUAAAAGCAUUUGACGCAUACGUGGAUUAUUAUGUAGUGCUACCUGCAAUUUUUAAAAUUAAUUUCUGUGCUUGAGUGAUGUUGUGAAAGAUAAUUGUUUUAAUAUAUAGCCCUAUAUAAAAUGCAGUCAGGGAACAUACUUCCACUUUGUUUUUGCCAUAGUUCAAAUAUUGCAUGCAUUUUAUUGCUGUUCUUGCUAAGUGUUUGUAGUGAAUAAACAAAAGUGGAAAGUUAUAUUUAUGGUUAUUUUAACGGUUAAUGCUUCCUAUAGUGACCCUCACAGUUUCAUACUCCGUUCUACUGUAUCUGUGGGAUUGAAAGACCAACACUUGUCUGGCAGCACCAAGCCCGGUUUUGAAAAGGGUCUGAUGUGUUUUUCAUCCAAGCAACACUGCCGUUUUCUUUUUUCAGCAAUAACCAAAACUCUCCUCACAUUUGUGUACUACCCAUUACGCCAUGCAGAAACCACCCAUGGUAGUUCUAUAUUUUGCCUUAACAGAUUUUACCCUCUCCUGCUUUCCAAGAUCAUUUAGUUUUUUGUUUUCUAGGUGCGCUGUUUCAGUCACGUGUAUAAUUUAAUGCAUGUAUGAGUACAAUGAAUUCAAGCCGGCCAUGUUUUCUGCUGAUAUUAGUGCUCUGGUGAGAAGGCGAAAUAUUAGUGACCUGAACCUCAAGCAUUUGAUUUACUCGUGUUUUGGUUUGAUGCUUUCCCUGCCAUGUGCACACCCACAUUAACAACCCAUUAAGGACCAAGUGCAUGAUGUUUAACAUUUGUAUGUUAGAAAAUAACCAAAUCUAAAGUACAGAGUCUAACGGUUUGAUUCGAGAAAUGUAUCUUGGCUAUCAGGAGUUUUCAGUGUUAUCCGAGAUGGCCAUGAACGGAAAUGUGCCAGUCUUUUGACUACUUAGUCAAUUCAGAAGCCAUACAAUGACUUGACCUGAAUUGUAUUAUGACUAAAUGUGUUUUAAACUUGGUAAGUAUGAAAGCUCUGGUCAAAUGUGUAAAUUGCCUAAUGCAAAUUGGACAAUAUUGGUUGAAACUUCAAUUUGAAUAAAAUACAUUUGAUUCGAA